GUAACAAAUCGGAGUAACAUUUUGGUAAUUUCUAGCUCUGCGAUGAAUCAACUUCAAGACAAAUUACUUCGGAUCUCUUCUACAACAGAAGAUGGAAGUUCAGAGAAAAAUACGCUCAGUCGAACAGCAAAAAUGGUUCUCUCAUCUCGUUGUGGCGCCCUGAACCAUAAACGUGACAAACUCGAAAAAAUUAAACCCACAAAAUUAGUCACAAAAACUGAAAAUUCAGCCCGAAAAUUGGGUAAUUUGACCCCUCAGCCUAAGAAAACUCAAAACACUUCAUAUUUAAACACUGAGAAUCGAUCAUUGACUCCUGACACCACCAGGAGAGCAAGAAGCCUGGGUGGUUUGUGUCAAGUUCCGAAGACUAACGGAAAGUUAAGUUGUUCUACAUCUCAAAAGACAAACGAAAAUUCAGGGUCUUGUCCGAAAUCUCCAAGACUUUUAACCCCAAAUACUUCACUGAAGAAAACAUUUAGUAAAUUUAGUCCUAGCGAUUCAAAUCCCACCACUGCCAAAACUCCAGAUUCAAAAAAUAAUGAUUUUGUAAAUUCAAAGUUUGGUACGAAUACUAAUAGAAAUUCAAGUUUUUCCCCCCAGACUCAAAAACUGCCUCGAAUCGCAGUCUCAAAGGAAGUACCUAGUACGUCUAGUUCUAUGAAUGGCCAUUUGAACCAUAAUCCACAAAUCUCAGAGUCUAGCAGAAUAAAUCCUCAAAAGUCUGAAUCAAGUGAUAGAAACGUAAAGACUAACGGAAAUACAAGUUUUUCUCCAAAAACUACAGAAUUAUCUCGGCCUACAACCUCAAAAGAAGUGCACAAUACGUUAAGUAAUAUUAUACGAACUUCCGAGUUGGGUGAAAUAGAUCCCAGGAAAUCUAAUUCAAGUGACAGUUCUUCGAUGGUGGACUCUGCGGCAGAUGACAAUGUUUUGCUAAAAGGGGAAGAAAUUUUGGGGCCGAAUUGCGACAGUAAUGCAACUACAAGCGAACUCCCAAAGAGUGAGAUUAAAAGGAUCAAACGACUCGUACAAAACUUCUUCAAUACUUUUGAUCUAGAGAAGUUGGAUCCUGAUAAAGUUACUUUGAAAGAACUACGAACAACAUUUGAAGCCUUGCAUGACAUAACCUUAGACAAAGAUGGUCGACGUUAUUUCAGAAACAUAACAGUGAAUUAUUUAGAGUUGGCACUGACUGUGAGACAACAUAAACAAAAAAUUUCUGACGACGCCCCUUCAUCAUCCACCAAUCAGCAAACACCUUCUAUAGCAAUAGGAACUCCUACUAGGAAGAGAAAAUCAAAGGAAAGUGUAACUCUUGUCGACUCCCCAAUCAUUCAUGAGGUAAAUUCCCGAGAACAAGAUUCUUCUCCAGCUAAAAUAAGACGAGUAUCACAUGAAACAACUCCUAGGCGAACUAUAGAAUCAGGAGGAUCGAACGCUGGGACAACAUCUGCACAUUCUUCAAAUCAAAUCAAUGAAGUCCAAUGUCCAUUAUGCAUGAAAAUGUUCCCAAAGUCAACUAUAUCCACCCAUGCUGCUCUAUGUGGUGAAGAUGACCUUCAGUUAAUUGGAAAUGACCUUCAAACUUUUAGCAAUGAUCUUCAAACAAUAAAUGAUGACAUUGAAAUUACUUCUGUUAUACCAGCACCCAGACAACAGACGUUUCCUGGUGAGACUGUUCUUGACUUGAGCGAUAACAUGAGACUGUCAGAGGCUGAGAAAAAACAUUGGAUCAAUUUUACAAAGCAACCCAAACCAUACCACGCUCGAAUGAACGGAGAAUUGUUCAAAAAUUGUCUACUGGUGAAAUGCCCUACGUGUGGGCAGUUGUACAGAUCUGAAGAAAUAGAAGAACACAGCGAUGAAUGUGCGGAAAAAGUCAACAGUGGGUUGGAGAAGAGAGGACUUUAUUAUGUCACAAAGAAGCAGAAAAUAGUGAACACGAAAAGAUGACUUGACUAAAUUCUUGUACACCGGUUUCCAACCAGAGGGCCAUGACCCACUUCUGGGUCACAGUAUCAUUCCCAGAUGUGUCACAAACCUACAGUUUUCUGCUAAUUAGUAGUAAUUUUCAUUCCAAUAACUAAAGUCACAAAAGUGUUCAUUUUUGCAGAAUGAUUUUGUAUUUUCCUUCUCAUACAAAAGUUAAUGGGCCACAAAAGAGAAAGGUUGAGAAUCACUGACUUAGUUCAGUGGUUCUCACACUUUUUUUGCUCGCGGCGCACUUUGAGCAAAUAAAAAAUUUUUGCGGCACACUUGUAAAAAAUAAAGUUAGCUUUAAUCAAAUUUAUUCUGCAAAUGUUGAUUCGAUGUGUGUGCCUGUUUUGAGAAACGAUUGAAACGAGGUUACAUCAUUCCCUUUUUUGCUUUCAAUUUCAGUCAGAGCAAAAAAACAUCUUCACAGAGCCAUGGAGAUGCAAAUGGCCAGGUUACUUCGAUGAAUUUUGCGCAGUCAAAACUUGUACAAACUUGCUUUCCUGUUAACCGAACUAGGCGCGCAAGUCAACAUGGUGAAAGAUGGAUGUCUUGUUUGAAUAUACAUUAUAACAAUGCAAUUAUAGCAUGACAAUUACCCUUACUACAACGACAAGGCAAAUGUAAUGAUGUUAUCAGUCUAAUGCGCACUCAAGUCUUUCCCGUUGCAUGCAUGCCUAUGUGUAAUAUGAUAAGCUUAUUUUCUAAAAUUCCAAAAAGCUUUGCGGCACACCUGAGAAUCUCUCACGGCAAACUAGUAUGCCGCGGCACACAGUUUGAGAACCACUGUCUAGUUCAGGGGUUCCCAAACCAGGGGUCGCGUCCCCAAAUUGGGUCGGAGUGAUAUGUAGGUAGAGUCACAAACAGGUCAUGGGGUCGCUGAGGUAUGGUAGAGGGUGAAUGUACAAAUCAUCCAAGAUUUGACAAACCAUGUUAAAUUUAGCAGCUUGUACCAUGGCUUACUGUAAAACGGGCCCAUAGGCAUCGCUCUAUGCUUAUGCUAUAGAAAAUGUACGUGCUUAUUGUGACAUCACUGUUUGG